AUGAAUGAAGCAAAGACAAUUGAAACUCCUAUGGCAACAAAUGGAAAGUUAGAAAAGGAUGAAUCUGAUAAGGAUGUUGUCGUCAAGGCAUAUAGAGGUAUGAUAGGAUCUCUCCUUUAUCUUACCGCAUCUAGACCAGACAUAAUGUUUAGUGUUUGUAUGUGUGCUAGAUAUAUAUCAUGUCCCAAAGAAUUGCAUUUAAAAGCAGUUAAGCGCAUCCUUAGAUACCUACGUGGUACCUUUAAGUAUGGGCUUUGGUAUUCUAAAGGAAGUGAUUGUAGUUUAGUAGGUUACUCCGACUUUGUCGGCUGUAAAUCGGAUAGGAAAAGUACUAGUGGUACAUGUCACGUGUUUUCGAAAUCCUUAGUUAGUUGGCAUAGCAAGAAACAGGACUCUAUAGCUUUGUCAACAGUUGGGGAAGAAUACGUCGUGGUCGGUAGCUGUUGCGCACAAAUCCUAUGGAUUAAGCAACAAUUACUUGAUUUUGAUAUUAAACUUGAACGUAUUCCUAUCAUGUGUGAUAACACCGGUGCGAUCAACCUCACUAAAAAUCCUGUACUACAUUCUUGCACUAAACACAUUGAGUUACGUCAUCAUUUCCUUCGCGAUCAUGUUGAGAAAGGCGAAGUCGUGUUUGAGCAUGAUGACAGUAAAAAUCUGUCGCGGCCUCAAAAAAAAAAAUUAAGUUCUACGACUUAA